GUUCGACAAUUCAAAACCUCUCUUCUUCAACGCCUCGAACAGGAUGAUAAAGCCACCACUGUGCAGCGAAAGGAAAAAAGUGAUGCUAGAGAAUUGAAAUCCUUCUACCACAAAAAGAUGUUGAUGAAUGAACAUGAAAUCAUCUCAGUUCUAUCCGAAGUAUUGAAAGCAGUUCUAUCUGGAGCUGUUCCUGAGGUCCUUGCUUCUGGUGAGCGUAUCGAAGAAAGGUCAGGAUCAUAUCGUCCAUACAACAUUCUUCCACUUGAUCCUGGUGGUACCCAACAAGAAAUAAUGCUCUUUCCGGAGAUCAAAGCUGCUCUUUCAGCUAUCCAUAGCAUCAGAGGUUUGCCAUCGGACACUAAUCAGGAAAUAUGUAUCUAUAUGGAUUUACUUGAUUGGUUGCAACGCUGGUUUGGGUUUCAGAAAGGAAAUGUAGCUAACCAACGGGAGCAUCUAAUCUUAUUGCUUUCUAACAUACAUGUUAGACAGAAUUCUAAGUCCGCAUCAAUGUCAAAGCUUGAUGACAGAGCUGUGGAUGAACUUAUGACAAAACUCUUCAGAAACUAUAAGAACUGGUGCAAAUUUCUAGGCCGAAAAAGCAACCUUCUAUUGCCAUAUGUGAAACAAGAAGUGCAGCAAUACAAAAUUUUAUAUAUUGCUCUGUAUCUUCUUAUCUGGGGGGAGGCUUCAAACUUGAGACUCAUGCCUGAGUGUCUGUGCUACAUAUUUCACAAUAUGGCAUACGAGUUAUAUGGAGUGCUGACUGGUGCUGUGAGCUUAAAUACUGGUGAGAAAGUUUUACCAGCGUAUGGAGGUGGAUCUGAGUCUUUCCUUGAGAAUGUAGUUUCUCCUUUAUACAGGGUCAUAUAUGAGGAAGCUAGGAAGAACAAAAAUGGAACCGCUGACCAUUCUUCAUGGAGAAAUUAUGAUGACCUAAACGAGUUUUUCUGGUCUGUUGAUUGUUUCAAGCUUGGGUGGCCAAUGCGCCUGGAGCAUGAUUUUUUUUGUACAUCACCUCCAACAGAUCAAAGUAAUAACUCUCAGGCAACUACAAGUGAGGUUUCUCAGAAGAAGUGGCUGGGGAAGACAAAUUUUGUAGAAUUGCGAUCUUUUUGGCAUAUUUUUAGAAGCUUUGAUAGAAUGUGGACUUUUCUUCUGUUAUCCCUCCAGGCAAACAUAAUUAUGGCUUGGCAUGGUUUAGAAACCCCUUUCGAAGUGUUUGACCUGAUAGUCUUUGAAGAUAUUGUUACCAUCUUUAUCACAAAUGCAGUCCUCAGGCUCAUACAAGUGAUUCUUGACAUUGCGUUUAAAUGGAAAGCAAGGAACACCAUGAACUACUAUCAAAAAUUAAGAUUUGUGCUGAAGUUUCUUGUUGCUGCCACAUGGACUAUAGCACUUACAUCUUCUUAUGCUGUCUCUCGAACAAGUCCUUGUUCUAUUCAACAGCCUGAGUGCAACAUGAACAAGUUCUACUUGUCACCAUAUAUGGUUCUUGUCGUAAUUUACCUGAUGAGCAAUGCUGUUGGGAUCAUAUUAUUUCUUGUCCCUCCAGUCAGUAGAUUCAUUGAGACCUCAAACUGGCAGGCUUGUGACAUUCUAUCAUGGUGGACUCAGCCGCGAUUAUUUGUGGGAAGAGGCAUGCAGGAAGACUUGGUAUCUCUUCUAAAGUAUACAGCAUUCUGGGCUAUUCUGUUGUCAUGCAAAUUUCUGUUCAGUUAUCACUUUGAGAUAAAACCACUUGUAGAACCCACGAAGCAGAUAAUGAAAGUUAGCGUGAAUAAUUAUGAUUGGCAUGAGUUAUUUCCAGAAGCGAAGAGCAAUGCUGGUGCAAUUCUUGCUUUGUGGACCCCAAUUAUUCUUGUGUAUUUCAUGGACACACAAAUAUGGUAUUCUGUUUUUUGUAUGAUUUUUGGUGGACUUUAUGGUAUCAUUCAUCAUCUUGGAGAGAUUCGUACAAUGGGAAUGGUGCGGAGUCGAUUCCACUCCUUGCCAUCUGUGUUCCGCUAUUCUCUUGUUCCUCACUCAUCAAAGAAAGAAAAUAAGAGGAACUUGAAAAGUUUUUUGUGCAGCAAAAUAUUCAAGAGUUCAGCAAUUGGAGAAAGUGAUCUUGCUAAAUUUGCUCUAGUUUGGAAUCAAAUUAUCAGUAGCUUCCGUUCAGAGGACUUAAUAAGCAAUAGGGAGAUGGAUUUAAUGGUCAUGCCACUGCCGUCUGAUUACAGUCAUGGCAAACCUAAAUGGCCGUUAUUUCUUCUUGCCACCAGGUUUUCAACAGCCUUGAACAUGACCAGCAAUUUUGUUGGGACUCAUGAGCACCUACACAGAAAAAUGAUGAAAGACUACUAUAUGUUAUAUGCCAUCACUGAGUGUUAUGAGUCGCUGAAGAUCGUAUUUAGUGUUCUUGUUAUUGGUGAGCAUGAAAAAAGGGUUGUAGAUUCCAUAUUCAAUGAAAUGGAAACGAGUAUCAGAAGUAACAGCCUUCUUACAGACAUCAAGAUGGACAAACUGCCUAAUCUGCAUGAUAAAUUUUGUCAGCUUGUCGAAAUACUGUUGAGAAACAAGCGAGCACAUCGAGAUAGAUUAGUUAUUUUACUGCAAGAUGUAGUGGAGAUUCUGAUAAAAGAUAUGAUGAUACAUGGUUCCAGAAUAUUGGAUAUUAUCAAUUCCAGAAAUCAUGAAAGAGAUAAUGAUUCAUUUGAAUAUGCACCUGAGUUGUUUGCAUCAGUGUCUCCCAGUCCUAUACAUUUUCCACUUCCCGAUGAUGGUGCUCUGAGGCAACAGGUCAAACGUUUGUUUUUGUUGCUUACUGUCAAAGACAAAGAUGCGGAUGUUCCACUUAACUUGGAGGCUCGACGACGCAUUUCUUUCUUUGCAACUUCUCUUUUUAUGGAUAUGCCUAAUGCCCCUAAAGUUCGCAAUAUGUUCUCAUUCAGUAUAAUGACCCCAUACUACACAGAAGAAGUUAACUUUUCAGAAGAGGAACUUCAUUCAACCGAAGAUGGUGCAUCCAUCCUAUCUUACAUGCAAAAGAUAUAUCCAGAUGAGUGGAAGAAUUUCUUGGAGCGCUUCAAAUCCGAAUUGCCUAGUGAAGAGAUCAGAUAUUGGGCUUCUUAUCGCGGACAAACGCUGAGUCGUACAGAUAUUCUUAAGGGAAGGAUUUCUUCUGAAAGAGAUCACUAUAGGAAAAAUAGCCAACAACCAUGGGCAGCUCAACUGGAUGCUUUAAUUGACAUGAAAUUCACAUAUGUCAUCUCUUGCCAAGAGUUUGGAAACCAAAAAUCUUCUGGCGACCCACAUGCUCAGGAUAUAAUUGAUUUGAUGAUAAGGUAUCCAUCUCUACGUGUAGCCUACAUUGAAGAGAAGGAAGAAAUAGUGGUGGACAAGCCUCACAAGGUUUAUUCUUCAGUCCUAGUCAAAGCACACAACAAUUUAGACCAGGAGAUAUAUCGUAUCAAACUGCCCGGUCCACCUAUUAUUGGAGAAGGGAAGCCUGAGAAUCAAAAUCAUGCCAUUAUUUUCACUCGUGGAGAUGCCCUCCAAACAAUUGACAUGAACCAGGACAAUUAUAUGGAGGAAGCCUUCAAAGUGAGGAAUCUGUUGCAAGAGUUUCUUAAACAUCAUGGGGAUCGCUAUCCAACCAUCCUUGGGCUCAGGGAGCAUAUAUUCACUGGAAGUGUUUCAUCCCUUGCUGGGUUUAUGUCCUAUCAAGAGUCUAGCUUUGUUACUAUUGGGCAGAGGUUCCUCGCAAAUCCCCUCAGGGUGCGGUUUCACUAUGGCCAUCCAGAUUUAUUUGACAGACUAUUUCAUCUAACAAGAGGUGGCAUAAGUAAAGCAUCAAGAAUUAUUAACUUAAGUGAGGAUGUUUUUGCAGGAUUUAAUUCCACACUUCGUCGGGGAUGUGUGACUUACAAUGAGUACAUUCAAGUCGGCAAAGGUCGCGAUGUUGGUCUCAACCAGAUAUCCAAGUUUGAGGCUAAAGUAGCAAAUGGAAACAGUGAGCAAGCACUCAGCCGUGAUAUUUAUCGACUUGGUCGUCGUUUUGACUUCUUCCGGAUGCUUUCUUUUUAUUUUACGACAGUCGGAUUUUACUUCAACAGCCUAAUAUCAAUUCUUGGCGUUUAUGUUUUUCUCUAUGGACAGCUAUACCUUGUCCUUAGCGGGCUAGAAAAAGCAUUGCUUAAUAAAGCCCGCAUGCUUAACAAUAAAUCUCUGGAAACAGCUCUUGCAUCACAGUCUUUCCUCCAACUAGGGCUUCUCACAGGACUUCCCAUGGCGAUGGAACUUGCCUUGGAAAAAGGAUUUCGUGUAGCCUUGAGUGAUUUUAUCCUCAUGCAGUUGCAACUCGCUUCUAUCUUCUUCACAUUCUCCCUCGGAACAAAAGCCCACUAUUUUGGUCAAACAAUUCUUCAUGGCGGUGCAAAGUAUAGGCCAACAGGCCGCAAAUUUGUAGUCUUCCACGCAAGUUUCACUGAGAACUAUCAGCUUUACUCCCGCAGCCACUUUGUUAAAGCAUUUGAAUUGCUUUUUCUCUUGAUCGUCUACUCUUUGUUCAGAAAAGCUUACUACGAUAGCACGGCAUAUAUGAUGAUCACAUACUCCAUAUGGUUUAUGGCUAUAACCUGGCUUGCUGCGCCUUUUCUUUUCAAUCCUUCUGGAUUUGACUGGAGAAGGAUUGUAGAGGAUUGGACAGAUUGGGUUAAGUGGAUGAACAACAAAGGAGGCAUUGGAGUGCAACCAGAGAAGAGCUGGGAAUCUUGGUGGAAUGCUGAAUAUGCGCAUCACCGUUACUCGGUUCUUGGUUCUAGGAUUUUUGAGAUAAUUCUAUCACUUCGCUUCUUCAUUUACCAAUAUGGGCUAGUGUAUCACCUUCAUAUAUCCCAAGAGAACAAAAAUAUCAUUGUUUAUGCCCUCUCUUGGUCUGUGAUCAUUGCCAUCUUUCUGUUGGUCAAGGCGGUUGAAGAAGGGCGAAAGCGGCUCAGUGUAAAUCAUCAUUUUGUGUUCAGGUUUUUCAAACUGGUGCUCUUCUUGGGUGUGCUCUCCACAAUAAUAGCUCUUGCAAUUGUGUACAAACUUUCUGUUAGAGAUUUAAUUAUAUGCUGUCUCGCAUUUCUACCAACUGGUUGGGGGCUCUUAUCAGUUGCACAAGUUUUCAGGCCAAAAAUAGAAGAGUAUGCGGUAUGGGAUUCAGUCCAAGCAAUUGCUCAAGCAUAUGAUUACGGAAUGGGUUCUAUGCUUUUUGCACCUAUAGCAGCAUUGGCUUGGAUGCCUGUGAUCUCGGCAAUUCAAACGCGUGUUCUUUUUAACCAAGCGUUUAGCAAGAAACUGCAAAUCCAACCUAUUCUUCCUGGAAAAAGUAAGAAAAGGUGACUAUGAGGACGCUGAUUAACUCCUCAUAAUUGACUGUGUAUCCACACUCGAUAGUUCAACUUUUUCACUUAAGUUUUUUUUUUCCUUUUCACUUAUGUAAAUAAUUUUUUUUAAUAAUCGUGGCUUGAUCAUAAUUAAGAUCAUUAAUAGAAAUUUGAAUUGCCUUAUGGUCUAUACAUUUGUUUGUGAACAGCUGUAUCGGGUGGCAGAUACUUAUACAACUAAUGCAAUGUUGUUAGA